AUGCAAGGCGGCUGCCAAAUCACACAGCAGUCUCGACGCGCGCUUUCUGAUGCUGCCAGUCUUUUCGGUAUAGAACCGGAAGUGCUGGCCAAUGCGAUGCUCUUUCGAGAGACUCGUACUCGGGGUACUGGUGCAGGAGCAGAUGGCAAGCUCCAGAUAGCUCUACGACGCGAAGAAGCCAGUGCAGCCAGAGAUGCCUUAGCAAAAGCCAUUUAUUCGCGUCUGUUUGAUUUUAUCGUCAGUUGUGUCAACCAGGCCAUUCCAAUGUCAAAGAACGAGCGGUAUAUCGGCGUGCUCGACAUUGCUGGAUUUGGUGAGUCUGUUAAUAUAAAAAAACGGACAGCUAAGCCACACUCUCUUCACUAA